AUGGUCCGCCGCGUACUCGUCACGGGCGGGAACCGAGGCAUUGGCCUCGCCAUCGUCCACCGCUGCCUCUCCGACCAUGGCGACACGCAUGUCGUCCUGGCUUGUCGAAGCGCCUCGCGCGGCGAGGAUGCAGUCGCGGCACUCAUCACCGAGCGGCCGGACUGGAAAGCGCGGCUCACGGUGCUCGAGAUCGACACCUCCUCCGACGGCAGCGUUCGUGCUGCUGCAGCAACGCUGGAGGGAUCCUGCGGUAAUCCGGCGCUCUACGCCAUCGUCAACAACGCUGGCAUCGCUUCAGGGACGGUGGCCGAGAUUCUGAACGUAAACGUGCGUGGGCCAAAGCGGGUGGACGACGCGUUUGGGCCGCUGCUCGACCCGCUCGAAGGUCGCGUCGUGCAGAUUUCGUCGGGCGCCGCUUCCGGUUGCGUCUCGCGCUCCUCGCCCGACAUGGCUGCCUUCUUCACCAACGCGAGUGUCUCCUGGCGCGAGAUCAGCGGCCUCCUCGAGGCGGUGGAGGCGAAUCCGGACCUCGAGGCGCACGGCAUUGGCGCUGCGAUGGGAGCGUACGGCCUGAGCAAGGCGCUGCUAAACGCGUACGCGAUGGCUCUCGCCCGCGAGCGCCCAGAGCUGAAGGUGAAUGCGUGCUCGCCCGGCAUGGUCGCAACCGACAUCAUGGGCAGCUUUUUGCCCUGGUGGGUGCCCCUCCCCAACGCCGCGGUCCGCUUCCUCGCGACCAAGCUUGCAGGCGCCAAGACGCCGGACGAGGGCACCGUGUCGGCCCUGCACCUCCUCUUCUCCGAGGAGCUCGAGGGGAACGGCCGAUAUUACGGCUCGGAUGCAAAGCGGUCGCCUCUCGACCGCUACCGCUCGCCGGGCAGCCCGCCGUACGCGGGGCCGUGA